UUCAGGCGAAGAAUGCCAAGGAUACGGGACAACAAGACCCCUGCGUUGGACAAAUGGCGUGGCUAGCCGAGACAAAUUGAUGGGGAAUUCGGUACCAAUCACUGAUGCACAGCGAGUCAUUGCUCCGAUCGCCAGGUCGCCUUUUGACCUGCUUUUGCAAGAUCUGUCGCCAAAAGAUCGGCUUGAUAUCAAGUAUUGUAUGGAGUUCAUGCGAUUGAUCCCUUCGAGCCCAGCACUGCUUCAUACUGUCUUGUCCAUCGCAGCAUUGCAUCAGUCUCAGAGAAUACUCGACAAUGGCCCGAGUGAGCCUGGGUCUUCUUCAGAACCUGGAAGUUAUGCUAGUUCCAUGGAGUUACAGCGUUCAAUGACGCCUGAAAAAUCAGCUACAAUAUACGAAACCUUGAAACACAAACAGCUGGCAUUGAAACAUAUACGAAACUAG